CUUGCUGCUGGUUUUGGAAUUCCAUCGAAAGAGAGUGAGAAAUAAGUUUCUACGAGUUCCUCUGAUCGAUUUGAUGGUUUAAUAUGUUUCUAGUAGUGCAUACAGUAAACGAUAACGGCGAAAAGGAGUGGAAGGUAGCACCCAAACGAUGGGUUUGCACUACGAAGAACACCCACCGAACAGUUCUGUUAUGGCCACAUGAAAUCAGUUCUGAGCGACAAAAGCAGUUAGCUAGAUCUGGUUCUUCUAAACCAAUGAAAAGUUGGAGCCGGAAGGAAUGUAUUGUACAACAGGAUUGUUCUACGUACGAUGCUGCAAAAGCUGUAAUGAUAGAACUAAUGGCACAGCGUUUACCAUCGAAUUCUGGUCAACCUUCAAAACAGCUGCCUUGUACCAACAGCAAUCGGAUGAGACACAAUCCUAAAAUUCACCUUAAACCUACUGGCGUAUCCGACGUUGUAUCAUCUGAACCACCAGUUAAACAACCUGUUCCGGAGAGUAAAGCGUCAAUGCUGAACUCUAUUAAGACGAUGGUGGAAUCUCUAAUAAAAAAACAAGCUCGCAUCGAGGAACAAAAUGCUCGAAUCGAAAAGCAAAACGCGGAUAUUGAAGAGCAAAAUGCUCGCAUUAAAAAACAAAAGUCGGAUCUGUUAGAAAAACUAUCAUUAAUUCAGAAAAGGUGUGCAAACCGUGGUUUUCAACAUUUUGAUUCAGGAGAUAAACCUAUGAAAUAUGCAUCGUUUGAUUUUGAUCCAGUUGAAACCAUUGAGCAACUGAACGACCUGGAGAACAAGCUGAAUGAUGAGGUGUUUCGUUCGAAAAUGGUUACAUGGUUGAAAUUUAAUGUUGUUGGCACCCAGCCAAAGAAAAGGAUGUCGAGCUGCCUAAAUUUGUUGAUUUCACCGGACCUUCUGGUCUACUGCACAUGGACUGGUAUCGUGCGGAAUGGAAGGAAACAGCUUGCUAUAAAAGACAUGAAACAUAUAUUGGAUUUAUUCCAAGAAAUAGGUACAACUCCAUGGGAAAAGGUGAAUGAUACUAUGGUAGCCACGUUUUUCAAGGGUAAAGCUAAAAAUGCGCUGCAGCGUUUUCAUUCGAAUUGCAAAAGUGAAAGCCACAAAACAACAAUGAACAGUAGAGAUGUUCCCCAAGAACCAUUUGAUCAUGCAGAUUCAUCUAUAUCGACAGAUCAUAUGUACACGGAAUCGAUCGAUGACGAUUCAGAAACGCAAAUGGAAGUCGAAAUUUUACAUUGAAAUAUUCAAAAUUCUAACUAAACCGGCACUCUGUGAACAUUCCUGAACUUUAAGUACAUCAAUUGAUUUUCUCUGGAUUAUAGCAUUGUAGCGAUGACUAUAGCGAAUCCCAUGGAGGAAAGACGAACUGUAGAAUGAAAUAAUUGCAUAAGUAGUACAGAAUAUAAAAGAUGAACAUUUUUUGCAAAUGUCGAACUAUAACCCACACAAAAUUGUGAAUAAGAAUAAGCCAAGACCAAUGGGUAUUACUAUUUUCCAAUAUAACAUUCGGAAAAUGUAAAUGCAUAUUUGAAGGUCAUAUUUUGGGACUGGCGAUAGUGAUAACAAUUAAUCAGAGGAAGGAUUUUUGAGAACAUAUGUAGCGUAUUUUUUGUGGGUGUGGAGAUCUAUUUUUUUUAAAUACAUGAAAUUAAG